AUGAUCGAAGUUCAGGACCUCAUUGUCUCGAGAGGGGGAGAUCCCAAAAAAGUGAUUGAGAGUCUGCAAAAGCGAUACGCCCCCACCGAGAUCGUCGACGAGGUCAUUGCGCUCUGGAACGACGCCUAUCAGACACGGUACAAGGCCAGCCAGUUUGGCGCAAAGAUCAAUGCGGUCCAAAAAGAGAUCGGGCAGUUGAAGAAAGCAAAGCAAGACGCGGACCAUCUGCUACAAGAAAAGAUCAACUUGGAAAAGGAGAAGAAGAAGGUCGAAGAGGAGGCCGUAGAGAAGGAGAAGUUGAGAGACCGCAAGUGCAAAUUGAUUGGCAACUAUGUGCACGAGUCGGUGCCGGUCAACGAUAACGAGGACUUUAAUGAGGUGGUGAAGAAGUGGGCUCCGGAAGGCUUCACAGAAGAAAAACGAGACUGUCUCUCCCACCAUGAGGUGAUGACCCGGGCAGAAGUCUACGAUGGCGAACGAGGCGUCAAGCUGGUCGGCCAUCGAGGUUACUUCCUUCGCAAAUGGGGUGUCCUGCUGAACCAAGCCCUCAUCAACUACGGCCUACACUUCCUCGUCUCCAAGGGCUACGAUCCACUACAACCACCCUACUUCAUGAAGGCAGAGUACAUGGCCAAAACCGCACAGCUGGAGCAAUUCGAUGAAGAGCUUUACAAGGUCGUUGAAGACAAGGACGCAGAGGACAAGUUUCUUAUUGCGACCUCCGAACAGCCCAUUUCGGCAAUGUUCGCUGACGAGUGGUUGACGGAAAAGGAUCUGCCCAUGAAGUUUGCAGGCUAUUCUUCGUGUUUUAGAAAGGAGGCUGGCAAGACUUUCCAUCAUUCCAAGAAACUCCCGCCUGCUUGUGCUGACAGGACGUCUAUCCAGAUCGAACAAUUCCUCUUUGUCAAACCCGAAGAAUCCUGGCAAGCGCUGGAAGACAUGAAAUCUAUUGCCGAAGAGUUCUACCAAUCCCUGAAGCUCCCCUACCGGGUUGUGGCGAUCGUUUCGGGCGCACUAAACAACGCAGCGGCCAAAAAAUACGACCUGGAAGCGUGGUUCCCGUAUCAAGGCGAAUAUAAGGAGCUCGUAUCCUGCUCAAAUUGCACCGACUACCAGACGCGAGAGCUGGAGAUCAGGUACGGACAGAAAAAGGGCGCCAUCGACACGAGGAAGGGUUAUGUUCAUGCCCUGAACGGAACGCUGUGUGCUACAGAGAGGACCUUGUGCUGUCUGGUGGAGAACUAUCAAAAAGAAGACGGCAUUGAAGUGCCCGAGGUCUUGAAACGGUAUAUGCCACCCGGGACGCCGGACAUCAUUCCAUACACAAAGGAAUUGCCCAAAGAUACGACCUCGGCAAAGGUCAAGCAACCACCCAAGCCAAAGGCAGGAGGCGCGCCUGAAGGUGGCCCCAAGCGAGACAUGCCGGCGGCGGAGAAUGUCGCAGACAAGAUGAAGAACAUGAGUGUGUAA